GUGGACGUCCAGCAGGUGUCACUGCCAGCAGGCUUGCAAAGUCCUGUACUUGCCACACAGCAGCAGCAACACAGUGCCUGUCUGCCUGUCACCCAGGGGCCCCGUGUCAACAGCAGAGGGAAGAAGAAGACAGACACGUAGAGGAGGAAAUCAGAAAAUAACGGCGCUGCAGAAAUGGACCUGCGCUCUGAGCUGCUCAAGUCCAUAUGGUACGGUUUUACUGCCCUGGAUCUAGAAAAGAGUGGGAAGGUCUCCAAGUCUCAGCUGAAGGUUCUGUCUCACAACCUUUGCACGGUACUGAGCAUCCCACAUGACCCAGUGGCUUUGGAGGAGCACUUCAGGGAUGAUGAUGAUGGCCCAGUUUCCAGUCAGGGCUACAUGCCUUACCUCAACAAAUACAUCCUGGAUAAGGUUGUGGAGGGAUCUUUUAAUAAGGAAAAUGUAGAUGAGCUUUGCUGGACUCUUACCGCGAAGAAGAACUACCAGCCAGACAGAAGCAGCAGUUCAGUUCUGCCAGACCGGGAUGCUUUUAGAUUGUGGUGCCUCUUUAACUUUCUGUCUGAAGACAAGUAUCCACUGGUUAUGGUUCCAGAUGAGGUGGAGUACCUCCUUAAGAAGAUAUGCAUGGCAAUGAGCAUUGAGUUCAACUGUGUUGAGCUCGAUGACUUCUUCUCUCAGGACUCAGGGCAGCAGAGCGGCAUUACUGUCUGGGUUUUUCUUGAGAUGAUGAACUCUGGGAAAGUAACCCGAGCGAUCGAUAAGAGCAUCAUCACUAUGGCGAUAGAGGAGGUGUACAGGGAGAUAGUUGGUGAUGUUCUCAAAGAGGGUUAUUUGUGGAAAAAAGGCCAGCUGAGGAGAAACUGGAAGGAACGCUGGUUCACUUUGAGGCCCAGCUACCUGUCCUACUACACAGGAGAGGACCGCAAGGACUGCCAAGGGAAUAUAGUCCUAGAUGGAAACUGCUGCGUGGAGGUGCUGCCCGACCGAGAUGGGAAGAGGUGUAUGUUUUGUCUGAAAACCUUGUCCAAAACCUAUGAAAUGAGUGCCUCGGAUACCAAACAGAGACAGGAGUGGACCGCAGCCAUUCAAACGGCCAUCAGGUUGCAUGUGGAGGGCAAAAAUUCUCUGCAUAAAGAUCUGAAGUUGAAGAGACGAGAGCAGCGUGAGCAGCGGGAGAAACGACGACAGGCCAAAGAGGAGGAGCUGCAGAGGCUUCGGGCCUUGCAGGAAGAAAGGGAGCGAAAGCUGGCAGAGCUGGAGCUCCUGAAGGAGGCGCAGAAGCAGGCUCAGGUCCUGAUGGAGCAGGACGAGCAGAGGAGACGCCAGCAGCAUGAGCAGCUCCAGCGUGCUCUGGAAAUUCAGCUUCGUGAGGCGGAGGAGGCCAGGGUCAGUAUGCAGGCGGAGAUGGCUCUGAAGGAGGAGGAAGCAGAGAAGCAAAGAAAGAGGAUCCAGGAGCUGGAGGAGAUGCAGAAGCGUCUGGAGGAGGCGCUGCAACUGGAGAUUAAAGCCAGGCUGGAUGAAGAGGGUUUCCGUUACGCUCAGGCGAGGUUACUGGCUGAGGAGGAGGAGAAAAUGAAAGCCCUGAUGGCCCUUCAGGAGGAGCAGGAGGAGUACAUCCUGAAGACGCAGAGGGAAAAGCAGGAGCUGAAGCAGGAAAUGGAAGCCAAGUCUCAGUCCCUGGAUGAGGCGCAGAGGCAGCUUGAGGAGGUCCGAGCCAACAGGCACAGGGUUGACCAGGAUGUAGUGGCAGCUCAGAGGAAACUUCGCCAGGCGAGUACAAACGUCAAACACUGGAACGUCCAGAUGAACAGACUGAUGCGACCAAUUGGACCAGGCGAGAAAAGACCUUCCUUGGGCAGCUCUUACCAGUCCUUCCAGAUGCCGACACAGAGGGACCCCGGGCUGCGUCUCAGAAGGAGAUCGGGAUCGGAGGAUCAGAGCGAGGAGAGCAAAGAGAAUGUGGACAACAGAGCCAGUUGCGACAUGGAGAAACGGCACUCGCAUGCAUCCAAUGGAGACAUGGACAUCCCCUAAAAGCAUGAAUCAAAAAAGGCUGCUCUAUUUACCCUGGUGAUGUUUUUUAACAGGAAGCUCAGUGAGAUAAGUGUGAAAGGCAGUGGGACCUCUGCACUUAAAACAGUUUAGAGUUUACAGUACUACCAUUUUUAUUAAAGGAUGAAUUUACUGACCUCAAAUCCAAAACAGUAACAGUUUGAGACAUUUCACAGAACAUUGCUCAACGAAUACUCCUACUGCCCCUUGUGUGAGGCUUGAUGUGAACAGAGAAGAUACCUCAGUGCAAGGAAAAGAGCAACAAUGUUAAAAAGAUCCAGGGCUAAAUGUGAUGUUUUAACAGUAAUAAUUACAGACAGGACAUAAAGGAAGCUCAUUGUUAGAUCAAUAAAGAAAGCUACCCAUGUGUCCUUUUAUAUAUGUAAUUUUUUUGAUUUGUUUUUUUUUUUUGUAUGUGAGUUUUUGAUGUACAGAGCUGUUUCAGUAUUAGUUAUUAGCAUCAUUUCACUCCUGACAAACAGGAAAUAGAGAGAAAGAAAGAGGAGGGGACACAACUUCCUGUUUUUAAAGUCAUUUAACAUGAGUGUAAAUAAAAAAAUGUGAAUUGAUGCCAUAACCACACAACGAAGUGCAUCUUUCAUCAGCUAAUUUAUGUGCAACAUUGAAUUUACUGGUCUUCAUAUGCAUAAAGUAUCUCAAGUAAAGCAUUUAUUGAGAUUAAAUGAAGUUACAAUUUUUAUUGUUAAACUGAAAAAGUAGAAAUACCACACAAAUUUCAGAUAAGAAGGUUUACGCCCACUCGGCUCUGUGCGCAUGUCUGCUUUACUUUGAAUUUGCGCUUUCACAGUAAAAUGUGUAACCAGUGACUCAUUUGACGCUUUUCGCCUAUAACUACUAAGCAAAUGGUGACAUCACCUGACUAACUGCAUUCACUACGGGUUAUAAAUGUAUUUUUUUAUCCAUAACUAUUUUUAGGAUAGGAUAUAUAGGAUUUCAGUGCAAACGGUCUCAUUUGGGACAAUAGUUUGAGUAGGACUUAUAAAUUAUUUGAUUUGCAGUUACAAAAAUAAAUGCUUAGAGAAAAUAAUAUUAAUUGGAUGCUUUACAAUUAUCUGUUCAUCUACAGCAGAACUUGUUUUCUUAGUCAUUGUGGAAAUAUUUUGAUUUAACAAAAGACAGCAACUAACAGCUAAUGGCUGCAAAAGAAAAAAAAUGUUCAUGUCUCUUUAAGGGCUUUCAUGUUUAUUACAGCAGAACAAAAUCUAUAAGAUUAAUUGUGCAGACUCAUUUUUCAAUAAACUAUUUAAUUCA